AAGCCUUGGCCGUGCUCCAUGGUCGACCCAUGGAUUGAUCGAUCAAUGUGGCACCGUGCAUGAGCAAGCCUCUGGCCAGCAGUUUGUUGGAGGUGAGACACACCUUGCAUCAAGUGCUGAUUCGAGUGGAUGCCAAUGGGGAUGGCUUUAUAGACAAAGACGAGCUGUUUUUUGUGCUGGACAGAGUGGGCACGUUCAAGAAAGCCAGAUGGUCCAAUCUGCACGAGACAUUGGACAAAUUGCUGGCAGGAUUGGACACCAACUGUGAUGGCUUCGUAGACAUUCAGGAAUUCCUGGAUUGGGUGCUUUUGGACAAGUCUCAAGUACACCCUUCGCAGACGUUGCAAACCAAGCACGUGUUUCUCUCUGCAGAGGAUGAAGCGCGGAUGGAGCGGAUUGCUCUGUUCGAUCUGGAGGCCGAGGAGAACCAUGACAUCCUCACUCAAGCUGGCCUCGGUGAUCUGACGGAUCCCAAGCGCCUUCUCCUCUCGGUCGGCUCGUCUUCCACGCAGGCCUAUGAUGCCUUGGGUCUCUCUCUCUCCGUGCCGACAGGGACCAAGGUGGCCAACGAUGCGUCCUUCCGGGAAUUCUGCAAGAUCAUCAAGCACGUGGGGGUGCCCUACGAGCAAAUUUUGCUCAUCAAUUCAAUCGGCUAUCUCCUGGAGCCUUGCGACCCGGUGCUUGUGGGCCUGGGCGAGCUGGCGAGGAGGAUCGGGGGCGCAGCGCGGCGCUUCCACGAGGCCCUCGCCGAGGCGUUCCCUGAGGCGCAGACCAGGGUUUACAACCGGGCCAAGGACCCUCAGACGAAGCGAUACAAGUUCCCACAGCUGCUCAAUGACUUCAGCCUGUCUUUGACCAAGGUAAGCCGAGCUUCCGAGGGAUGCGGCCUGCCGCCCGGGGUCUUGGAUUUUCAGCCGGACGUCAUCGUGGAUUGGGGUGGCACCUCAUACAAAGUCUUCCUCAACGGCAAGCGCAUCGGAACGGAGGUGAUGGAUGCAAACGCAUACCUAUGCGAGGGUGGCUUCCUGCGUAGAGAGCGACUCCCGGAGGCCAUCCGCGAGAUCGAGGCUUCCGUCCUGGCGCUGCUUCAGCGGGAAGAAGUGGACAGCCCGGCCAACAAGAAGGUCUUGAUUGCUCAAACGGGGAAGGCACGUGAGCUGGCGAUGCACGAGGAACGCAUGUGCAAGAAGCUAUCAUGUACAGACUAAACCCACUGCUCAAAGAGCAAUCUCUGGAUGCGACAUGUUGAGAUGAAUUCGCAGCCGGUCAUCGGUCUUCCAGAGGAAGGUCUGUUUUUGGCGGCUGAGUUGCAAAUUCACGCAGGAAACUCUUCGGAUCACGGCAAAGAGCGCCACGGGAGUUCCGUGUUUCACUCGUGCGAGUGAGAAGGCCUCAGGCAACCCGGAC